AUGAGCAAGCUCCUUGUUGUAUUCGGUGCCACCGGCCAGCAGGGUGGUUCCGUCAUCGACUUUGUUCUAAACGACCCCGAGCUCUCGAAAGAGUAUUCGCUACGUGCAAUCUCUCGGGACUCUUCAAAACCUGCUGGACAAUCUCUCCAAAAGAGGGGUGUGGAGGUUGUGUCUGCCGACAUCGACGACUCUCAGUCCCUUCACGCUGCAGUAGCCAACGCCCACACUGUUUUCAUCGUGACUACCACGGUCUACGAUCAGCAUCUCAAAUCUCGCGAAUUUCGGCAAGGAAAAGCAGCUGUCGACGCAUCGGUCGCUGCUGGUGCCAAAUAUCUCAUCUUCAGCACGACCCCAGCAUGCGAGCGCCUGUGGGGACACCCAGUCGACUCCUUCGAUUCCAAGGCUGAGAUCGAAAGCUAUAUCCGCGAACUCCCGAUUGGCAGCGCAUUCUUCGCGCCAGGAAUGUUCAUGCAGAACUUUCUAACCAACCAAAUCCCUCGCCCACUCCCCGGACAAGAAGGCGGCGAGCUAACGUACGCUAUUGCAAAUUUCAUCUCCCCAGACGCUCCAAUUCCCCUCAUCGAGGCAGCAAAGGAUAGCGGCAAGUACGUCGCUGCUAUUCUCGCCGCGCCAGAGAAAUACGCCGACUCAACAUUAUCCGCGGCAACUGGUUUCUAUACGUACCGUGAAGUCGCGGAGAUCAUCACCCGCGUCACGGGCAAAAAGACAAUCUAUGCCCAGAUCCCACAGGAGCAGUGGGUUAGCUAUCUUCCCCCCAACUACCAGCACUCAAUGUCAGCUAUGAUGUGCUGGGUUGAGAAACCCGGGUACUAUGGACCUCAGACGAAGGAGUUGGUUGACUGGACCGUAAAACAAGCAAGGGGCAAACUGACCAGCCUCGAAGAAUUUAUUGAGGAACACGCGAAGGAGAUUUUUCCGCAGUAG